UUUUUAUUAUGUUUUGACAGGAUCUGAGGAAUUCAAGGAAUGAAUGAAAGGACCUACUGCUCAUAUCACUGCACCAAUAUUUAUUACAACUGAAGAUCAGCAGAAGAAAAAGACAAUCUGAUCCUGUUCUGCGGAUCAGUUUCUUUUGGACAAACAUAAGUGAACUUUUUCAUACAGUGCCUGUUUAUAGCAGGAUGAGCRUCAGACGGCUAUGAUGGCAAAAAAGCAAGAUGCUCGAUCGCCCAUUUACAACCUUGUUGUGGUGGGUUUGUCAGGAACAGAGAAAGAGAAAGGGCAGUGUGGGGUUGGCAAAUCCUGUUUGUGUAAUAGGUUUGUACGACCGAGCGCUGAUGAUUUCUACCUGGAUCACACAUCGGUGCUGAGCACCAGUGACUUUGGGGGUCGAGUGGUUAACAAUGAUCACUUUUUGUUUUGGGGGGAGGUGUCGCGGGUCCUGGAGGAAGGGCCCGAGUGCAGGAUGCAUGUUGUGGAACAGACCGAAUUUAUUGAUGACCAGACAUUUCAGCCGCACCGUAGCACUGCUAUGCAGCCCUAUAUCAAGCGAGCAGCCGGAACCAAGCUGGCCUCUGCAGAGAAGCUCAUGUACUUCUGCACAGAUCAGCUAGGUCUGGAGCAAGACUUUGAGCAAAAGCAAAUGCCAGAGGGCAAACUGCAAGUUGAUGGCUUCCUGCUUUGUGUUGACGUGAGCCGGGGCAUGAAUCGUAACUUCGACGACCAGCUGAAAUUUGUCUCCAACAUUUAUGGUCAGCUUAGCAAGACUAAGAAGCCAAUUGUGCUGGUGCUCACCAAAUGUGAUGAAGGGGUGGAACGUUACAUCAAAGAUGCACAUACCUUUGCCAUAACGAAGAAAAGCCUACCGGUUGUUGAGACUUCUGCACGCUCAAAUAUAAAUGUGGAUCUUGCUUUCCUCACAUUGGUUCAGCUCAUUGAUAAAAGCAGGGGCAAGCCCAAGAUUAUCCCUUAUUUUGAAGCCCUCAAGCUCCAGAGUCAGCAGAUAGCCUCCGCCAAGGAUCGCUAUGAAUGGCUAAUUAACCGUAUAGUAAAGAACCACAAUGAAACCUGGUUAAAUGCCAGCCGAAGAAUGAACACCUCACCAGAAUACAAAGAGUAUGUCUUCUUGGAAGGAACAGCUAAAUGCAAAAAGCUUUUUCAGCAGCAUGUUUACCGUUUGAAGCAGGAGCACAUUGAGCGGCGCCGAAAAAUAUAUUUAAGCACUCUUCCUUUAGCACUUAGUUCAUUGGUACCAGACCUUGAUGAGAUCGAUCAGUUGAGCUGGUCUGGGGUGCAGAAAGUGCUGGAGUCCAAGCAACAUUUUACUCACUGGUUUGUUGUUCUGGAGGAUUCACCGUGGGAGGACACAUCUCAUAUUGAUAAUAUGGAGGAUGAGCGAAUCCCCUCAGACCUACUGGAGACCGCAGAAGCAGAGGACAUAUUUAAUGCCCACCUGGAACAUCUUCGGAACGAGUGUAGGCGUGCAGAGAUACGACAGGAGUUCAAGCAUAAGUUAGCUUCCUCCCCCUUCGUCACACCUGGUAAACCUUGGGAGGAAGCGCGCAGCUUCAUCAUGAAUGAAGAGUUCUAUCAAUGGCUUGAGGAGCCUGAGUACUUGGACCUGUAUAACCGCCAUCAAAAAGAGAUUAUUGAUCGUGCUAAAGAAGACUUCCAGGAGCUUCUGCUUGAGUACUCCGAGCUGUUCUAUGAACUUGAAGUGGAUGCCAAGCCAAGCAAAGAGAAAAUGGGAGCGAUACAGGAAGUUCUGGGAGAAGAACCGAGGUUUAAGGCCCUACAAAAGCUACCUGCAGAAAGAGAUGCUCUUGUGUUGAAACAUAUCCACUUUGUCUAUCACCCCACCAAGGAAACCUGCCCUAGUAGCCCUCACUGUGGAGAUUCGAAGAUUGAGCAACUCCUAGCUUCACGUUUCCCCACAUGUUACCCCUUCUUUGACAUGAAAGCUCAUAUUGGGGACACCAAAGCUGACAGGAUUAACCUGGUCAUACUAGGGAAAGAUGGACUAGCCAGAGAAUUUGCCAAUGAGAUUAGAGCUCUCUGCACAAACGAUGACUGGUAUGUGUUAGAUGGGAAGAUGUAUGAGUUGACGCUGCGGCCUAUUGAGGGAAAUGUACGUCUUCCAGUAAAUUCCUUCCACACUCCCACUUUCACCCCCCAUGGAUGUCUGUGUCUGUAUAAUUCAAAAGAGUCCCUGUCCUACGUGGUGGAAAGCCUUGAGCGACUUAGGGAGUCUACUCUAGGUCGAAGGGAUAGCCAGCUGGCCCAACUGCCCACAUUUCUUCUUUUAGUCACUAAACGAGGUGUAGGGUCAUAUGUUGAUAUAGGUGGAGACACUGCCUUAAAUCUAAUCACACAGGGACAGCAGUUUGCAAGGAGACUACAGUGUAGCUUUUUAGACCCUGCCUCCCCUGGUGUGGGGUACGGUCAUAAUGUAAAUGAGACACAAAUCAACCAGGUGCUGAGGGGUCUUCUAGAUGUACGGAGGAGCACAUCUUUUAGUAGCAGCUCCCCACCUCUCCUCCCUGAGCCUCCAGGUCUCAGAGACUCUCCUCAUCAACCAGUCCAGGAGGCAGACCUACGCAUUGUCAUGUGUUUAAUGUGUGGAGAUCCUUAUGACAUUGAGCAGCUCUUGUCUCCAUUUCUAAUGCCUCAGCACUGCAGACCUAUGUCUAAYAGUGGUACCUCUGUGUUGUUGGAGCAGACAGUGGGUGGACACAAGCUGGCUAUAGAGCUCUCUCUGCUCUCAUAUCAUGCCUCCUUCACUUUGCGGAAGAGCAGGUUAGUACACGGCUACAUUGCUGUGUACUCAGUCUCCCGAAAAGCAUCCCUGGAGACUCUGUGUGCGUUCUUGUGUGAGGUUCAAGACAUUAUCCCCAUUCAGCUGUUGGCAGUAGGAGAUAGUCAGGCUGAGCUCACUGACAGUGACUUUGCCUGUGAACAGCAGAGUCAAGGGGAGGAGCUAGCCCAUGAGAUCGAGGGUCGUUUUAACAGUGUGGUUUGCGGAUCUGGAGGUGUGGUGGGAGGUUUGCAUAGGAUAGAAAUGUUCCAUUCCUUUCUGAUGGAGGUGGUAGAAAAACGUAACAUUGUGGAGGCAACACACAUGUAUGAUAAUGUUGCUGAAGCGUGCACCAAUGAAAAUGUUUACUCCCCACGUUGCAUAUCUCCCAGCCCUGUUACCAUGUAUGUGGAUUCAGAGGAUGAUGUAGAGCCAUCUCCACCAUAUUAUGAUGGCACCCUUUCUUCUCACGGAGGAGGUUUCAACCUGCCUGACUUGGAUUCCAGUGACAUCUCUGUCAUCUCAGACAUCAGAGACUUUGAAAACAAGCUCAAUAACAAAAUAUCCCCCCAAGUGAGAAUUAAACCAGGUGUCACAUUCGACUUUCGGAAGGUUAGCCGGAACCCAUACGUUGAUACGCUGGGUCAUCGUCGCUCCCUACCCUCUGCUGUUACCUGGGUCCCUGGUGGGGAUGUGGGUUAUGACCCCUCAGACUAUGCUGAACCCAUUGACGCAGUUUCGAAACCUCGCCCUAGCAAUGAAGAGAUCAUCUACUCAGUUCCACAUGACAGCACACAAGGCAAAAUCAUCACUAUACGCAACUCCAACCGAAUGCAUUCAAACGGUAAUGGCUCAGACAGCGAAGCAGACAACAGCUCUCUGGAGCGAAGGAGGAAGUUCUCUGCGGUUGGGGUAAAGCCCCGUCUGUACCGGGAUCGCUCGAAACGUCUCGGCAAGUUCAGCAGUUUCCGCACAAGCUUCAUUGGCAGCGAUGACGAAAUGGGAGCUCUGUCAAAGUCCAAAGAAGAUGACUUUGGGACGUUAAAAGGGGACAGUCUUGUUAAUGAGGAGAGUGAGGACCCGAAGAAGAGGAACAUACUCAAGAGUCUCAGACGAACAGCAAAGAAAUCAAGACCAAAGCAUCGUCCAAGUAUUCCUAAACCCAUUGAGAGCUGUUACUUCGGAGUCCCCCUGGUGAAUGUGGUCUCCCCAGACAGACCUAUUCCACUUUUUAUUGAGAAGUGUGUCCGCUUUAUAGAGACGACUGGCCUGAACACUGAGGGUUUGUAUCGUGUAAGCGGCAACAAGUCGGAAAUGGAAAGCAUGCAGAAGCAGUUUGAACAGGACCAYGGAUUAGACCUGGUGGAGAAAGACUUCUCCAUAAACACUGUGGCUGGAGCUCUUAAAAGCUUCUUCUCCGAGCUGCCUGAGCCCCUGGUGCCUUGUGCUCUGCAGGUGGACCUAUUGGACGCUUUCAAAAUAAUGGACAGAGAACAGAGGCUUUACACCAUGAAGGAUGUCCUGAGGAAGUUCCCCAAGGAGAAUUAUGAUGUCUUCAAAUAUGUCGUGAGCCACUUACACAA